UAGUUAAUACUUGAUAAGUCUUAGGAGGCGUUUUGACGUGUUUGACAGACAUCGGGAACUUAUGAUAAAAUCGUCUUUGACAAAUAUUUAAUUUGAAUAUGGCAGAGCAGAUGAAAAAAUUUUCUAGUUCGGACUUCAAUCCAGACAAAUAUGUCAAAGAAGUGUCACAGGUCUGUGUCGGUGGUCUAGAGCUCCAGCGACACAAGGCCAAAAUUCAGGCGAUCGCAGAAGAAACAAGCCAAGCGCUUAAGAAGAAUGUCUACAAAAACUACAUGCAGUUUAUUGAGACCGCAAGGGAGAUUUCUCAUUUGGAAGGGGAAAUGUACCAGUUGUCCCAUCUUUUGUCGGAACAGAGAGCACUUCUUGCAUCAAUGACAUCUCCACCUCCUCAGCUCGAGCAGGUCCAAGUCAAGGAUCAGAUCGACAAAAGACUACCAAAUAUCUCUGAAUUGGUCGAUGGCUGCAUUAACUUACAGGAAGUAGAAGGAAGGGAAUUACUCCAUGACGGCGAUUUGGUUGAGCUGGAUUCAACUGAAAAUAUAGCCCUGCAUAGAUGUCACGCUUUUUUAUUUUCAGAUAUCAUUAUGAUAACAACAUGGAUAUCCGAUAGGCGAGGUCCUGCCAAAUACAAGUAUCAGUGUAAAUACGAUUUGGCCACACUUGCUGUUGUUAACGUAAGAGAUUUCGGGAGUGUAAAACAUGCUUUUAAACUGCUCGUAUUUCCUGAUACAAGGCUUUUCCAGUGUCCAAACCACCAAGCAAGAGAAGAAUGGCUAAGCAAAUUUGAGGAAGGGAAAAAGGCUUGCCUAAAUUCAGAACAGGCCAAAAAAUGUAACAAAGACGACCCUAAAACUCCUCCUAUACGAACAGAUUCGGUUGAUUCCGGUUCAAAUCCAUUUGGCUAUUUUGAUGAUGACGGAGAAUCUGUCAAUGAAAUUCCCGAGUGGUUCUUAGAUGCUCCAGACGAUUUGGACGUAUUUAUAGCACAGAGGCUUUUUGAGGAAGCUUAUUCCUUAAUUCAAAAGGCUACGGAAUUUAUCAAAGAAUCGGAAAACAAGGAAUCGCUUCUUGAAAUCCAGUCUAAAAUUGAAUCUCGAACCCAGUUGUUGAGUGAUACAUUGCUUGGUGAAAUGAGCGUAAGCAAUGAGAAAUCUCUUCAAGGUGGUCUCAGAGCGACAAGGAGGUCGAUUAAAUUAUUGAACCAACUUGGAAAGUCUUCACAGGCGUGUGAACUGUAUCUCAAAGUAUGUUCUAAUGUUUUAAAAGCACAAACGAGACGGGUUAAAAAAGAGGGUACAACCUUAUCCUAUGUUAAACGAAUUUCACAGGUGUUUUUCUCAAGCUUAGCAGGAAUUACGGGUGAAUUUCAAUACAGGGCGUUUCCAAACUCACCAUCGUGCAGUUCUUCGUUUGUGGUCUGGGCUUCAAUGGAAGUUUCGCAUUUCAUGGGCCAUUUUGUAAAGCAAGUAUUCGUGCCUCAAGCGUCAAUAAACAUGUUGGCCGAAUCGGUGGGUAUAGUUAGAAACGAGUCUCGGCAAAUGGGAGAGCUCGGAUUCGACUUGGAGUAUCAACUCAACGGCCAUCUUAUAACACCGGUUACAAAAGCAUUGACGGAAACGAGGGAAAAGCUUAUUGAAGCUAUCAGGAAACGUGCGACUGAAGACACAUGGAAUCCAGUCCGGCCACCGAAAAUAAUUCCGGAGUCGCUGAAACCAUACAUUGCUGAUGGAGGCUGGCUAGAACUGACAGCUAAUACUCAAAGUUUCACAAAAUUAUUUACGUCAUUGUUAGAUGAUUGUUUAGCAAUCUGUUGGCCAGACCUUGAAUAUGCGACUGGUAAAGUACUUUAUGAAGUUUUUGAAGCUCAAAUGAAGCAUAUUGCAGCUUCUUAUGAAAAUAGUAAAUUUUUAGAACAGAGACCGUUAAUCAUUAAAAACACAAAGUAUCUCCUCGUUGAUUUUCUUGGAAAUUGCAAGAGCAAAUAUUUGAAAAAGCUGCACCACAUAGCACGUCCUUUUGAGAAAAUUACCAAGCUAUAUAUUCAUCUGAGUAAAGAUCAUCACCCACACACAUCAGCUCACAUACUCGGAUACGUAUAAAUUUAAACAAAAACAUUGAAGUUUGUACAUAUUAUAUUAUAAUUAUAUUUUACAUUUUUUCUUCAGUACUUGUGACUGAUGUUGGAUUAUUAUAUCAAAAUAUACAAAUUCACUCCCAUGCUCAGAUUU